AUGCCUAUUGGUUGUAUCCCUGACAUUAGCAUCCCUCUCAACCUACCAGUUUUUGCUUUGCCUCGUUAUGAUUUUCCUAUCUUGAUCCGUGUAGGAUUCAGUUCACCUGAACUGACAGGAGCUGGGUGGGCCUACCUUUUUUUGGUUGAUGGCAAGUUUAGAUUUUUUGAUGCAGGGAAGUUGCUAUGUACAGUGGAUGUAGAUACUUGUGUUCUUGCAAUCCUUAAGGGUCUCAACCUUGCUGCCUGUAUUGGGUUGAAGAUUAAGGAAAUUUGGUGUGAUAACCAGUGGAUCACUGAAUCUCUUCCAUCUCCAACCAAAUGCCAAUGGCCAUGGCACUUAAUUCCCAAGAUGCUACGGAUUUCAGAUCUAGCCCAAAAUGUAUAUUUUCGUCUUAUCACUUGUGCAAGAGAAGCAGGAAACAAGAUCAACAUAGGGGUAUGCUAUGGGAUGGAUGGGAAUAAUCUACCAUAUGCACCCCAAGUGGUGAGUCUCUAUAAAAAAUACGGAAUUGAAAAGAUAAGAUUGUUCGACCCAAAACCUGAAGUCCUUACUGCAUUGAUGGGUUCUAAAAUCCAAGGCACCUUAGGGGUACCAAAUAAACAAAUUCGCAAGCUUGCCGAUAGUGAAGAAGCUUCUCAAACUUGGUUGGCAACAAAUAUUUUUCCCUACUUUGGAGACAUUGAGUUCAAUUAUAUUGUUGUUGGGAAUAAGGCCUUUCCAGGCGAGUUUGGCCCUUACGUAGUACCAGCCAUAUUGAACAUCAGAAAUGUGCUACAUGCACAUGGCCUAAAUAACAUUGAGGUCACCACUGUCAUCGACACCACCGCCGUACUCGCCAUUUCAUACCCACCCUCCGCCGCUGUCUUCACCGCUGAAGCCGAUAUCAGCAUGUCUUACCUUCUACAAUCCCAAUCCGAGGUUGGUGCACACAUCAUGCUCAAUGUGUACCCCUACUUCACUUAUGCAGCUGACCCAACUAAUGUUCGCCUAGACUAUGUCCAGUUCACUGCUAAGGGUCCAGUGGUUCAUGAUGGAAAUUUGAGCUAUUGGAAUCUAUAUGAUGCCAUGGUGGAUGCUUUCAUUUGGGCUAUGGAGAAAAAGGGAUUCCCAAAUGUGCCCAUUAUUAUUGGUGAGACUGGUUGGCCGUCGGCAGGGAACGGGAACCUUACAACACCGGAACUAGCUUGGAUUUAUAAUAAGAAUUUCAUUAAACAUGUUAUGAAUUCUACUGGAACCCCAAAGAGGCCUAAAACAUAUAAUGAUGCCCAUAUAUUUGCAAUGUUCAAUGAGAACCUCAAACCGGCUGGUGCAGAGCAACAUUUUGGACUUUUCUAUCCCGACAUGAAGCCUAUCUAUCCCAUUUUCCCAUAGUACUGUUACUACUAGUACUAGUA